UUUUUGUUUCCAUCUCUUGUGUAUCUCGGGCUUUCUCUCUUUGUUUUUCAUUCUUUAUUCUUCUCCAUCUCCCUUCAUCUCUGUCUCUUUCUCCCUUCGCGCAUGGCCCUUGUCGCUGUCUCGCCAUUGGAUAUGGGGGUGAUGGCGCAAGCUUAGCAGGACCAGCUUCUUGGGUGGUGGCUCUGUCUUUUGGUGGAAAAGGUAGCGGCGAGCAUGUCUGAUUUGGUGGCCCGCACGGGUCGGCAUCAGCAACGCUACCAGGACGGGUUUCGCCUCAUCGCAGGGUGCAUACCAUUUAAAUAUAGAGACUGGGAUGAUGGUACUGAUGAUGAGCCCAAGAAGAUCGUUGAAGUUCUUAUGAUUAACUCACAAAGUGGACCCGGUCUUCUAUUUCCAAAGGGAGGAUGGGAGAAUGAUGAAACAGUUCAACAGGCAGCUGUAAGAGAGGCUAUUGAAGAAGCAGGGGUUCGAGGAGAUCUAAUGAAAUUCUUGGGAGACUAUUGCUUCAAGAGCAGGAGUCACCAGGACGAGUUCAGCCCGGAAGGGUGGUGCAAAGCUGCAAUGUAUGCUUUGCUUGUCAAGGAGGAGCUCUGCUCAUGGCCGGAGCAGAGUACUCGAGAGAGACAAUGGAUUACUAUUCCUGAAGCUUUGGAACAAUGCAGACAUAAAUGGAUGGAGGACUCACUCAAGGCAUUCUCCAAAUGGCAUGCUAACAAGGUUUUUGGAGUUGAAGAGGAUGACGACCCCAUUUCUGUCGCUUCCUCUACAAGAUAGAUAGUCAUAAACCCUGGCAAUUCUUUUUUCUUUUUCCCUUUUUCUUGUUCUUCUAGCUUAAGGAAAUACAAGAAUGAUGUCGAUUGUUCUUUUGAAGUGAAGUUUUUCAGCAGGCUCAAAGUUGUUUUUCAUUUGUUCACUUUGAACCUGUGUUCUGUUUAUGUUAAGUAAGA